CCCCAGAGCCCCGGAUAUAAAAGCCCCCCGACCCUCGGCCAGCUCGGCCCCAGCAAAUCGCUAGCCAGCACACUCCGGAUUUCUUCCUGUCGCCUGCUCCGCCCCCUUUUCUCCCUCUCCUUCCCGACAAUGUUCAAGCCCGCGUCCACCACCCACCUCAUCACCCUUGCCGGUUCCACCCUGCGCAUGCCCUCCGUCGGCCUGGGCACCUGGCAGUCCAAGGUCAACGAGGUUGGCAAUGCCGUCUUCUACGCCCUCACCAAGGGCGGCUACCGCCACAUCGACUGCGCCGCCAUCUACCAGAACGAGAAGGAGGUCGGUGACGCCCUGACCAAGGCCUUCGCCACUGGCGAGGUCAAGCGCGAGGAGGUCUUCAUCACCUCGAAGCUGUGGAACACCGAGCACGACCCCUCCCGCGUGGAGGCCGCCUGCCUGAAGACCCUGGCCGACCUGCAGCUCAAGAAGCUCGACCUGUAUCUCAUCCACUGGCCGGUGACCGCCGAGGCUGGCAACGUCAACCAGGCCCUGGCCUCCGAUGAGUCCAUCCUGGCCACCUGGCGCGAGAUGGAGAAGCUCGUCGACAACGGCCAUGUCAGCCACAUCGGUGUCAGCAACUUCAACCUGCGCCGCAUGAAGGCCCUCAUGGCCGAGGCUCGCAUCAAGCCGGCCAACCUGCAGAUCGAGCUUCACCCGUACCUGCCUCAGGAGGAGCUGGUCCAGUACUGCCUGCAGAACUCCAUCCAGGUCACCGCCUACUCUCCCCUCGGCUCCGGCAACGAGAAGGCCCCCCUCAAGGAGCCGGUCAUCCUCGAGAUCGCCGAGGAGCUCAAGCGCACCCCCGCCCAGAUUCUCAUUCGCUGGGCCAUCCAGCGCCAGACCGUUGUCAUCCCCAAGUCUGUCAAGGAGGAGCGCAUCGUCGAGAACUUCAAGGUCUUCGACUUCGAGCUGACCGAGAAGCACAUGCAGUCCAUCGCCACUCUUGGCUCCACCAACCUGCGCGUUGUUGAGCCCAAGAACUUCUGGAAGCUCGACGUCUACGAGGAGUAAGUCUCCCCCCCCCCCCCCCCCC